AUGUCCAAAGAGAUUGUUGUUAUGCAACGUGACUAUGCAUCUCUCAAUCAAAAAAUGGACAUUAUUGCAGAUGCGGUGAGAAAAUUUGUCAAGUUUUAUGAAGCUUUGACUCCUCAGAUUGCUCAAAUGUCUACUCAUGAAGUUCACAGCUUAAAUGAAAUCCUAACUUUGUUGAAUGAAUUAAAAGCAUUAAUCUCGAAGCCUGGAUCAUCUCCUCUGAUCACACCAGAAUUUUUAUCACAAAAAUUUCUUUUGUUUGAAUUAGUUCUUCAUAAACAAUUGGCACCAUUGUCUCGAAUUGUCAGUCUCCUACCAACGAAUGGCCCGCCUGUUGUUACAGGGGUGCAAGGUGGAGAAUAG